AAGUCAUGGUCACAUGAUUUUACGGUGUACACAAAAGCGAUUGUGAUUGCAUGACUGAAAUAAAUAGGUCCAUGGUCUAACUCACUGCAUUCUGCACAAAUCUUGGAGAUUAAAACUAUUGUGAUUUGUUUGAAAUAGAUGAAUUCGGUAUAUAUUCGGCGUAACCAUCACUUUUACAACGAUCGUGUGACUUUGGUCAAGUACACAGGGGAUUUUUACUCAACUCGGAUUUCAGCUUUUCACUUCAGGAAGCGGCGAGCGAGUGGCACUGGCACUGGCAGUGGCAGUCAGUGCAGUGGCCAGUGCAGUGGCAGUGCCGCUGCGAGGAGCAGAGUCAGAGACGGAAGACCGGCCCGGCUGUGCACCGCAGGACGUCUCCUGAUUAAAGAUUCUUGCAGUUCAGCGUUAAUCAAGGUCAGAGAAGAUGGCAAUCCACAUCUCGCCGAUGAAGCUUCUUUCCUUUGCGAAAGGAUCUAACUAUGAGCUCUACGAUUAUGGCCAGAGACAUGUCAACUGUACUGCCGAGCCUGGCUACGUGCCUUGGAUUUGGAAUAGCUUCCAUGAAUGCGUGACGGAUGCUGUCGAGUACACAGGGUUCAUCCUGGGACUCCUCCAGAUUCUUUGCUGGAUUGUUGUCAUGUUCCCGCAAUUCUAUGAGAACUACAAACGAGGUAAAAUGGAUGAAGCGAUCGCCCCGUCUUUCCUCAUUCUCUGGAUGUUUGGUGAUUUAUCUAAUCUUGUAGGAUGUAUUCUGACUUCACAACUUCCAACACAGUUUGCGACUGCCGUUUACUACUUGGUCAUGGAUGCCCUUAUCAUUUCACAGUUCACAUAUUAUUACGUCAGGAAUAAAAAGAAGAAGGUCCACGUUGUAGAUUCAUCGCAAACCCAUCCAGCCAUCCAAAACGGGAAUCAAGAUCAUUCUCACAUUAUCUACUGCUGUACUUUCCUCCUCUCAACCUCCCUGCUUAUCUCAUUACCGUGGCAACAAGGUCAAGGGUCAUCUCCUUACAGGUCGAGCUCUGUGGGCAGGUCUCUCCUGUCGGUCACCAAUGGCAACAGUACCGAUAUAUCAUGCUUAUUGUACUACAAGCACACGCCAUAUUGUGUUUUCUUUGAUUCAUUAGAUAUAUUUGGGUAUGUGUGUGGCUGUCUGUCAGGUGUUUUCUAUGUGGCAUCCAGGAUACCUCAACUGAUACAGAAUUAUCGAAGACAGUCGGUAGAGGGCGUAUCCAUCUUAAUGUUCAUCUUAACGGUGACCGGUAACGUCUUCUAUGGUGCAUCGAUACUCAUGGAGGAUACGUCGAUAGUCUUUCUCAUCAGGCAUUUACCUUGGCUUGUCGGCAGUCUCGGGACACUCUUCUUCGACUGUAUUAUGCUCACUCAAUUUGCUCGCUUUAGGUAUUGCCGAUCAGCCAGUCUCAGAGCAGCUGAUGAAGAGGACGAUAGACGAAAGCUUCUCAAUGGAGCAUUAUGAGGAAUGCUCCUUGCCUACUGCCUGUAUCCUGUGAGAGCUGAAAGGAUGUUUAUACAAGCCUACAAAUAUUCAAUAACAUGACCUCCAGACUUGUCUGUAGAGGAAAUUCUAAGAUAUGAUAGCUGUUUGGUGGGUGCCAGCUAACUCAGGAAUUGCGACAACUCGGCCCUGCCAAAAAAUGAGGUGACAAAUUGUCCACUAUCGGGUUACUAUUUUGUUGACAAAUAUUUGUAUCUAUAGAAUACAAAUUAAUUGUAAUGUUUUCUGCUAUGAUUUCAAUUGAUUUCUUUGAUUUUGUUAUCAAUCUUACCAUAUAGGGUUUAGUGAGAGGCUUUUGAUGGACAGCUCGGCACCUAAUAUUUUGGCGGGGGCCGAGUUGUCUCAAAUGACGAGUUGACCCGGACCCCAGUUUGGGAAUUCCCAGUCAAAUGUUGACAGGUGUUUUUGGAGUGGGAAUGGCUUUUUACAUGUUUGUAAACCCCAAUUGUGUGUUGGAGCUAGGUUUGGUUGCCAGAUUCCCACUGUCUUCCAAAAUCAACAUCAAUUAAUAAAAAGAUAUGAUUCAUAAAGGCCCUGUCACAUCAUUCCGUGCAAGACUGUAUGUGUUGGAGCUAAGUUUGGCAGUCUGAUUUUCACUGUCUUCCAAAAUCAACAUCAAUUAAUAAAAGGUAUGAUUCAUAGAGGCUCUGUCACAUCAUUCCGUGCGAGCUUUGCGGGUGAGUUGCGGGUGAUUACACGCAACAAAGUUUUGAGCAUGUUCAAAACUUUUCUGCGUGUAAAUCAUUUUCAGAGGCACGUUGUUAUUACUCCCUAUCUAGGCCGGGGGGGGGGGGCCUCGGAGGCCCCCCUCAAUGAUUCGCGCAAUAUUUUCGCCGCGCGAAAAUUUUUUACCGCGCCGCUCGCUGACUUUUUAUUUUCAAGUCUUGCGCAAGUUUUGAGACCAAUUUUGCGUCACCCGGGUACGUGGUUCCGAAAUUCCGCAACAUUAUGUAAGUGCAUGUCAGACCAAAAAUUGCUCAAAAACAUGAUUUUGUGUACGAAGUCAAUGCAAAUUGUGUUUUCAACCAAACAUCAUAAAUGCAUGAUUAUUUCUAUUUUUGCUGGUCUGAAUGUAUCAAUUUUAUGCUUUUUAUGAUCUCAGAAGAGUCCCCAACAAAUUUCGUUGAAAAAACAAUGAAAAACAAAAGGUAAAAAAACCAAAGAAAUACAUAAGAAAUUGCAAAAUAAAACACAUAUGAAAAUGAUUUGAUAUCGCAAUUUUGUUCAUGUACACUUGCUAAGAACACCACAAAGAGUUUCUAUACCAAAAAUUAGAACAUUUGGAGCAUUAUUUAGGGAGUUAGAGUAAAAAGUAUGAUUUCGCAUACUAAUCACGCAUAUAUUAGUAUAAUCACUUAAUAGCAAAUCGCAUGAAAUAAAUUACUAUACAAUUUUGUAGAUUAUGUCCCAGACAAACUGUGUGCCAAUUAUCGGCGCAAUCGUGCGGUCGACGGCCGAGAUCUCAAGGGGGCGUGGGAGGCCCCCCCCCCCCCGGCCAUAUGAA